UUUCUCUAACAUUUCAAUUUUCAAAACUCAUCUCUUCUCUCUCUCUCUCUCUCUCGAGAAUCUCAUCAUCGGCGGAGAAAUGCUCGGUGAUUCAGAUGGCUGAUGUGCGCCACAAUUCAAGUUUAGAGUCGGAUGAUCCCCUUCAUGCUUACUCAGGUCUAUCGUUGUUUCCUCGCACAUUAAAAUCCUUGUCGAAUCCUCUUCCUCCUCCUAGACUUCAUCAAUCCGAAGAUCUACAGCAGACCCAUACUCUCCUUGAGUCUAUGCCUUUUGAAAUUCAAAAAGAGCAUCAGGAGCAGGCAAAAGCUAUCUUAGAAGAUAUGAAUGUAGAUGUCAAGCUGAACCCUGAUCCAAAUAAACGAGAACGAAGACCGGGAUUAGACCGUAAGCGAAAAAGCUUUUCUGUUAACCUUACGACAAGUCGACCACCUCCAGUUGCACCAAGCUUUGAUGGUGGUAAAUUUCCAAGACCUGAAGAUUACUUUGCUGAAUAUGAUAAAUUUGAACUUGCCAAUCGAGAAUGGCAGAAGCUGACUGGCUCCAGUGUAAUAGAUACGCAACAGAACCCGCCAUCAAGGCGCCCUCACAGAUCAGGAAUUCCAGGGAGGAAACGGGCUCCAUUCAAGCAUAGUUAUACGGAUAAUUAUUUCACUGAUGCUAUCAACCAGGAAACUUCAGAAAAGGAACACCCCAUUCCUUCUGAACAAAGCCUAGAAAAGACUACAGCUGCACCAGUUAUGAAUACGGACAGGGAAGUCGAAGAUUCAACCGUAGCAACGGACAAGGACUUAGACAACAUUUUGAAUGAGUUGCUUGCUUGCAGUCGGGAUGAGCUUGAGGGGGAUGGUGCCAUCAAUCUUUUGCAGGAUCGCUUGCAUAUCAAGCCCUUUAAUGAAAAAGAUAUUUCUGAACUUCAAGAUGUUAGAGAAAUGGACUUGAAGGCAUCCCGAAAGAGUGUGUUGUCUAAUAUACAGAAUACGCUGAAAUGGAUCCACACGGAUGGGGUUCGAAGAAAUAGCCACUCGCCAUCCCCCCUGAUGAAAAAACAUUUUUCGUCACCAAACCCACCAAAGGAACAGUUAUCAUUUCCUGACAUCCAUAAUUUGCUUUCAGGGAAGCACCAGUCUACUGAGGUUGAUAUACAACCUUCAGCAAAAGGUUUGAAUAUCGGUUCCAGCUCUUCGUUGACCAAGGAUGCUGAUAAAGAUAUAACUACUACAUCCCCGUCUAAUGUGGGUACUAUAGACGUUGGUAAACCUUUCAACAGCUCAGUGAAGAAGAGUUCCGGUGAAGAUGAUUCUGGUAUUGGCAUCCAUAGAUUUCAUUCAAGUGGAGAUGGGAACGCAGAUAAUUGUGUGGAUGAUAGCAUCACUUACAAAAAUUCAGCUACGCUAGUGGUGAAUGUAGAAAUGCAAACAAAAGGAAAAGAUGUGCCCGUGAGUGAAGGUGGAGCAAACAGUAACUCUGGCACAAGGGAAAAUGAUGCUGAUGUCAAUGAAGACACUGAUCGGUUAGAAAGGCUGGCGGAGUAUGCAUCUAGGGAGGUUACAGGACCUUUUAUUGUAGAAGAGGAUAGUAUCCCGUAUCAGCAAGGUGCAUCCUCAAAGUCUCCAAACAGAGCUCCAGAACAGUUCAAUACAGUGGAUGGAUCCUUUGAACAUGCAGAUGACAUUCAGAGCCAACAUGAGGAGGAAAAGGACAACAGGGACACUGCUUGUGGAGUUCAAGUAGAAAAUCCUCAGCAGGAGGUUCACAACUCCUCAGACAAACAAAGAAGCAAAAGAAGAAAGAGGGGAUCUUCUGAUAGCAAUAUGAAAAAGCGAAACAAGACUGUGCAUGGUGAGACUGGAGGCGACAAGCAAAUGAAAACAUUACCACAUGAAAGUGGAGCGAAGAAGCAAACCAAAAGAAAAUCCAACGAGAGAGAAGAGAAGAAGCAAAAGCAAACUGUUACGCGUGAAGCGAAAAUAUUCUCGCGCAGGAAAAGCCUUGCAGGUGCUGGUACUAAAAUGGAAGGUGGAAUCAGAAGAAGUACAAGAAUUAAGUCGAGACCACUCGAAUACUGGAGAGGUGAAAGAUUCUUGUACGGGCGCAUCCAUGAGAGUUUGACUACUGUUAUCGGCAUAAAGUAUGGAUCCCCGGAAGAUGGUAAAAACGACAAGCGCGCAUCUAAGGUGAAAUCAUUUGUAUCUGAUGAUUACAAAGAUCUGGUUGAUUUUGCUGCCCGGCAUUAGAGAGUAUGAUAAACCAUCCUCUUGUGAUCAUAACUCUCUAUAGAUAGAUGGUGUGUAUUGUGUCUUACGACCUUCACUAAACCUGUCACUGUCUUCCUUUAGAACCGCAACAGCAUAAGACUUUUUGGCAAAUGUAACGGGAGUAUUUCAACGCUCGAUUAGUCUCUUCCAUGAUACUUGUCAACUUGAAUUUGUCAAAUCACAUUAGUCUUUUGCCUCUUUGAUAUAUCUUUAGGGUACUUUUCGUAAAUCACCUUUCUCUCUUAAAUGCUGCCUUGACUAUUA